AUGCCUGUGAUCGCUGCUCCCAGCCCUGGCCGGUCCCAAGGCCAAGCUCCUCUACCUGGGGCUGGUGCCCGGCAGCAAGGCAGUCUUGAACGGGCGGAGGAGAGCCGGCCCCGCGGAGCUCGCCCUUCUCCCCGCCCGCAAGCAAAGCACCGGGUCACCGGAGCCAGCUCCCGGCCAGCCGCGUUGGGAGUGUGUCCCCCGCCCCUUCCUCCACCUCUUCCUCCCCCAAGCCCACGUGGCAGCUGGGCAGGGUGCUGCUGGCCCAGCCCGGCGGCACGACUCGGUUGGGGCAAGAUACCCUGUCUGCUUCUCCAAGUGAAUGCCAUGAGGAAGUAGUGGUAUAACAAAACCAUGAGUCCUCUUCAGCAGAAAAUCCAGCAUUGCAGGAAUCUGGCUGGGACGAAGCUCCCCCCUAUUUGUGAUUGCUGUUAUGACUGAACAUCGGACAUACGGAUUAGUAUGAAGGGCAGAACAUUUCCUCCAAGUGACACCAUGGCUACAAGAAGUGAUGGGCAUGUGCAGGAGCUGUUCCACGAGGAGGCACAACAGGUAUCUCAAACACAGACCAAGCCCUGGUGGAAGAUACAGCUGUUCGUCUGGGAGCCGGUGCUUUUUGGAACUUGGGAUGGUGUCUUUACUUCUUGUAUGAUCAACAUUUUCGGAGUAGUUCUUUUUCUGAGGACCGGCUGGCUAGUGGGAAACACCGGGAUAUUAAUGGGCAUGUUUUUGGUGUCCUUUGUUGUCUUGGUUGCCCUGGUAACAGUCUUGUCUGGAAUUGGAGUUUGUGAGCGAUGCAGCAUCGGAAGUGGAGGAGUCUAUUCCAUGAUUUCUACUGUCCUCGGUGGCCAAGUUGGAGGGACCAUUGGCCUCCUUUAUAUUUUUGGCCAGUGUGUUGCAGGUGCAAUGUAUGUGACCGGCUUUGCGGAGUCCAUCUCUGACUUACUGAAUCUCAGUAACAUUUGGGCAGUUCGAGGCAUUUCUCUGGCAGUCCUCCUUGGCCUACUUGGUAUUAACCUGGCUGGUGUUAAAUGGAUAAUCCGACUACAGCUGUUGCUGCUCUUUCUGCUUGCUGUUUCCACGCUGGACUUUGUCAUCGGAUCAUUCACACACCUGGAUCCAGAGCAUGGCUUUGUGGGAUACUCCGAAGAACUAAUGUUUAACAACACGCUGCCAGAAUACAGCCCAGGGGAGUCCUUCUUCACUGUUUUUGGAGUGUUUUUCCCAGCUGCUACAGGCGUCAUGGCUGGAUUCAAUAUGAGCGGAGAUCUCCAGAAGCCUGCUACCAACAUCCCAUUAGGGUCUUUGGCUGCUAUAGGCACCUCGUGGUUUCUGUAUAUGAUCUUUGUUUUUCUGCUGGGAGCCAUUUGUACCCGGGAGUCCCUCCGCUAUGACUUCAUGAUUGCAGAAAAGGUGUCCCUGGUGGGUUUCUUGUUUUUGCUGGGGUUGUAUAUCUCAUCCUUAGCUUCCUGCAUGGGCGGUCUGUAUGGAGCACCCCGAAUUCUGCAGUGCAUCGCCCAGGAAAAAGUGAUACCUAUCCUCGCAUUUCUUGGACAUGGGAAAGGACCUAAUAAGACACCAGUGGCUGCAAUUUGCUUAACGAGUCUCAUCACCAUGGCUUUUGUCUUCGUUGGGCAAGUGAACGUCCUUGCUCCCAUAGUCACCAUCAAUUUCAUGUUAACAUACAUUGUUGUGGAUUAUUCCUAUUUCUCAGUCUCCAUGAGUUACAGCCUUCAGCAGAAGUCCAGGAGAACCCAAAAGGAGACUUCGAGGUCCGCCCACUGUUCCCAGCCUUUAAUAUUUAACAAACCUUCCAGGUAUGGGUCAGAUGGAAUAGUCCAAAGCAGGACAGAUGGCACCUUGCUAGAAUUCACAAAAGAUAUGGACCAGCUCUUUAAACCUUUCAGUAAAGACCUGGGGACUCGGAAAGAAGACGAAGAGAAGGAUAAGGAUGUAAGCCAAAAGGUCAAGCCAAAAAAGAUAAAGAAACCAGCAAAACAAACACUGCAAGAUAGCUUUCUCCUGGAUCUUGAUCGUCGUGUUUCCCCUGCUCAUGACUGUGAUGCUAAAUCAUUGGAGCUGAGUGAGGAACGUCAACAGAGCUUUGCCAAGCAGAAUCAGCCGUGCGAAAGGAGUCCGCAUUUGUCGCCAGCUCGGGACCCCAAGCAAAAGCGUGGCGAUGAGCUCAUGGAAUAUGGAGACGAGCUUUUUAAUGAGAUGCAGGAUCCCCGCAAUCAGAAAGUGGAAGAUUCAAACGGAAAGCAACAAAAUCAAGAACUAGAAAUUCAGAGGAUGCCAGAGUCCUUCUACUCCAGACUUUGCAAUCGCUGGGUUUCCUUGGCUGGUGCUAUUGGAUCGCUUGUGAUAAUGUUCAUCAUUCAGUGGAUCUAUACCCUUGUUAAUUUGGCUGUAGCAAUUAUUCUAUAUUUCUAUAUUGGCCAAGUGAAUCCGGGUCUACCCCCUGGGGCAGCUGCUAACUUCAGUUUCUUCAAAUGGAUUAAGUUACUUUUGAGCAAUUUAUGCAGGAGAAGGCCAUCCCCAGAGGAGCGGAUUGUUGUGACACCGUCCUUUGCAACAGUUGGCAUGGAGACCACUCAGCUCACUGAAGAGAAUGCAGAUUUUGCCUCCCGGGACCGCUACCACCAUUCCUCGGUUAUCAGCAGAGCCGAGUUUGUGAAUCAGUUCCAGUAGAGGAGCAGGAAAAGAAAAAGAUCAAGGUGUACACGCCAGAAGUGAUCGGUGCCGCAGCGCCUGGUCUGUUACUUGAACGCUCUGAAAUGAUGCAAGCCAUUUUUUAACAUUUCCACAGUUUGGGGGUGUUCCCCCCCCAAAAAGUUUUCAAUCCUCCUUUCCAGUCCAAAUCUUGUCUAGUUAAGGGGGGAGAAAAAUAACAGUCCGUAGGGAAGUUCAUUUGUUUGCAGGGUGAAGAAUUCAGCUAACUAUUAAACUCUAAAUGCUAUCAGGCUAUUAGAUGCUUGAUGAAUGCAGUUUAAAGCUUGCCUUCAAUGAACGUGGAGGCAGGACGAUGGGUUGCUGAAUGAACGCAGUUCUCGGCCACUACGCUGAUUGAUGCCACCUGGGUCAAGUCUCUUUGCCUUGACUCUCUCUGCUCCAUUUUGCCUCCCUGUACAAUAUUAUUAAUCUACCUCACAGGUUUAAUUAACUGGUGCUUCCAAAAUAUUGAAGGCAUUCAGAUGAAAGGUCUAAAUCUGGCCAAGGCAAGAUUAUGAAAGUAGAAUCAAAUCUAUUCGUUUAAAUUGAUGAACAUAAUGCGACGAGCUCUUCCACAUCGUCACACUGUGAAAUAAUACCGUAUAAAUGCUACGUAGUUGUUUUCCAAUCUCACUUCAAUGACUGGAUCUUAAAACCAACAAUAAAUUGGGACCUUCCUGACAAUGUAAGCACGUUGCCCAGUUGGAAGUGUUCUGCUUAAAACAAUAAAUUUGAUUAAAAAAUCCUGGGAUGUA